CCCAAACAAAAUAGUCUCGACAGAUUGGGUUGUUUCCCUCUUCCAAAAAAAGAAUUGAGAAUCUGAGGCCAAAGGUCUCGCCUCUAAAAACCUAAAACUCUACUGUCUCGCCCCUCAUUGUGUUAGUUUAUGUUCGAGUUUCUUAGAUAUGGCUUCAGAUGCUGGUUCUAAGGCGACUUCUGCUGCCGAUUCCUACCUUGGAAGCUUCAUAACUUUGACUUCCAAGAGUGAAAUUAGAUACGAAGGCGUUCUGUACAACAUCAACACGGAAGAGUCCAGUAUUGGACUGAGAAACGUGAGAUCCUUUGGAACAGAAGGAAGAAAGAAGGAUGGUCCCCAAGUCCCUCCAAGCGAUAAAUUUUUUGAGUACAUCUUAUUCCGUGGGAGUGAUAUCAAGGAUUUGCAGGUUAAAUGUUCUCCACCUGCUCAGCCGACAGCACCUAUAAAUAAUGAUCCAGCAAUUAUUCAAUCUCACUACCCCGCCUCAGUUUCCCCAUCUACCAGCAUGCAUUCUGUCGCCAGUGGGUCAUUACCUGAUCAUACUUCCCACACGGCAUUUGGAUUCCCUCCGUCUAAUUUUCAAGGUGGUUUGCCUCCGUAUCAACCUGGAGGCAACUUGGGGUCAUGGGCAGCUUCUCCUCCGCCUCCUCCUAGUUCAGAUGGCAGUGGACUUGCCAUGCCCUUGUAUUGGCAAGGGUAUUAUGGCCCACCAAAUGGGCUUCCUCAGUUACACCAGCAGUCGAUAAUACGUCCUCCUGGUCUAUCAAUACCUUCAUCCAUGCAACAGUCAAUGCAGUAUCUGGACAUUAAUGCAUCUUUACCCAUUGGAGCUUCAAAACAACCAGAAGCUCCGUCUUCCUUGCCCCCUGCUAGUAAUAGUUCUCCUAACUUGACCUCCACUGCUCUGCCUCCAACUUUUUCAUCAGCUUUGCCAAUGUUCCCCUUUGUUUCUAUUUCUGAAACGAUACCAAGUUCAGUUGCUAAUAAGACAAAUGUUGCUACCCUUCCCGGAUCCCCUGUCAGUGUUAGUUUGCCAGUAGGUCCGAUACUGUCUUCAUUUUCUACUUCAAGUGCGGAUGUCAGUUCUGCCAUACCGCCAAUCACUAAUGAACCCAUUGCAGUUUCUGGUCCUUCAUUACUGUAUCAAAGUGCGUCCCAGUCAACUUCAUCUGUAGUUGGAAUAUCUAACUCUCGCACAGAAUCUUCUACACCUUCUCUAGUUACCCCUGGGCAGCUAUUGCAGUCUGCGCCCACUGCUGUGGUUCCAUCCCAAUCUUCACAUACAGUGCAUAAGGAUGUGGAAGUGGUCCAGUCAUCAUCGUUAAAACCUUCUAUGCCAGUGACAACAGAGACUCAGCCACCAAUAUUACCACUACCUGUACAGUCAAGGCCUGUCCAGAAGUCAAAUGGUGCUCAUUUUCAGGCUCGGCAUUUUUACAGAGGACGUGAAAGAGGAAGAGGCUCUGGGAAGAGUUCCCGUCCUGUGACCAAAUUUACCGAAGAUUUUGAUUUCAUAGCAAUGAACGAGAAAUUUAACAAGGAUGAAGUUUGGGGAAGUCUAGGUAAAGGGAGUAAAUCUUAUCUCAAGGAUAAGGAUGUGGAUGGAACGGUUAGUGAUGAGGAUGACGCUCGGGAAGAAGACGAGGGUGAACUCUCACAGGCUGGGAUCAAGCCCUUGUAUAACAAGGAUGACUUCUUUGAUUCACUCUCUUAUAACGCUAUGGAUAAUGAUCCUCAAAAUGGUCGGACGAGAUAUUCAGAGCAAGUAAAGAUAGACACAGAGACUUUUGGCCACUUUUCGAGGUAUCGGGGAGGCCGAGGUGGCCAAGGUCCUGGACGUGGAGGGUAUUUUCGUGGAGGUUACCAUGGAAGAGGAUAUGGCUAUAAUGGGAGGGGUUGGGGGCGGGGGCGAGGGAGAGGGCGGGGGCGAUCAUCAUUUAAUCAUUCAUAGUCCAACCGGUGUGUAUCGGUCGGGCUCAUAUGGUAUAAAUGGCCCCAUAUUGAUUUGAAUCGAGAAAGGAUAUGUUCUUUUAUAGAGUGCACCUCUCUCCCGGUUUGUUCCAAAAUAAUUAGAUUGUUAUUUUUUCUCCCCAUUUUGAUCAUUGCCCUGUUUACCUUGUUUAAGAGUUGUUGGUUUAACAAAGAAUUUGGUUUGUGGUGGAAGAUUUAAUUGUAAACCAAGUUGGGUUUUAAUAAUAUACAUGACAUUAAGAUCUUUUUU